AAUACCUCCAUAUUCUUCCCAUUUCUUUUGUGCUUUCUCCCUUCAUUCUUGUAUGAAAAAAGUGGCCAUAUCUUUAAGAGAAAAAAAACCUCAAGAAUGAACAUAUCAGGCUCUGAAUGCACCUCUGGCUGCCAAUCUGGCUGGACAACCUAUUUUGACCAGUACUCAAAUUCUGCUUAUGAGUACAACAGAGUUGUUCAUGUCAAUGGUGAUGAUAAUAGGGGAAAGUUGGAGGUUUAUAGUGAAGAUGAGGACUUGUCUAUGGUGUCCGAUGCAUCAUCGGGACCACCGCAACAUCGGGAAGACUACUACGGAUGUUCUUAUUCCCCUCCUCGGCGCUGCAAACCUACGCAAACACGAAAAACCAAAGAGCAUUGUGGUGGUGAAACACAAAAUUGUUGUCUUGAUGAUACUGCUAGCUCAUUGAGCUUCCCUUAUCAGGAAAACGCAAGUUUAUAUGAUGACACAGUUUCCGCGGAAUAUGUUACCCAUGUCUCUGAAACACAGCUUAAGGGUAAUAAUUCAGUUCUUAGAAAGCAUUUUGGGUUCUUGAAAUCUUCUGUGAGUAGCAAAGCUGCUUCACUGAAAUCUGGUGAGUAAACAAUAUACAAUUUUUUUGUUUAGUUUUGUUUCAAAAUGCCUCUUUAUUACAUUCAUCACUCCAUUCAAUUGUUAAAUGUUAACUCCUUUUCUUCCCUCAUAAUACGAUUUUGUGUGUGUGUGUAUAUAUAUAUAUAUAAUUUGUUUCAAAUAAAAAGUAGUUACUACAAUAAAUAAGAACUAAUAUUGAUCAAUUGAUAUGAACAAACGGAUGAAUAAGAUCAAAUUAAUUAGUAAAAAAAGGCAAUUAUAUUGUUGUAAAUAUGUAGAAUUUGUAAUGGAAAUUCGGUCACAAUCACGACAUGCAAAAAAUGUAUCGAUACAUCACAAAAGUGUAUCAACAUUUCAAAAAAUAUAUAUGUAUAUAUUUUAAGACAUGUGGUUCUAUCUUCAAUUAUAUGAGAUGAUGUUUGUUACAUUUAAACAUCCCUCAACUCAAAUCAGAUUGGACAACAUAGAUUGUACAAAUGGGACAAAUAUCUAUAAUCGAAAUAAGCUACCUUAAUCACGAAUUGUUAAGCAUGCAAACGAUCAAACUACAUACAAUUAGAUUUCACUAUAAUACCACGAAUUUAAUUUUCGUCCUAAAGUGUCAACUUGAUAGGAGGAGACGUGUAAUAUUUAUAUAAUUAAUGGUUCAUUAUGUUAUAAUCCUUAUGAAUUGAUUUGAGAAGAUUAAUUCAAACAACGAUGAUAGUUUCUAACACUCAUUAAUACGAUUUUAUGUAACACGAUGCAACGUAACUUUGCUUAUCAAAUUUAACUAGUUUAUUAUUUUUUUAAUGCUUCUUUUGAAAAUUAAUCUAAUCCCUGUCUCUAUCUUCAAGCAAUGAAAUGUAAUGAUUUAAUAGCAUAUUGAAUUGGUUUUUUUUCAUUUGGACAUUUUUGUAUAUAUAGUUCGUAUAAUUUAACAUAUAUAUAUUCUAAAUUUUUCCACAGGUGCUACAAAGGCAAGAAAGAAGCAAUGAAAAAUGGUUUCCUUUGUCUGUCUAAACAGUCUACAGCUGCAGAUGAAAAGAGAAAGAGGAUUAUUUGUUAUCCCAUUUUUUUUUAAAAUUCAUCUUUUGGGUUUUAUAUGACGAGAGAAAUUUAGCGUCGCUAUGGUGCUUCCGUAUAUUUUUUAUUUUAUUUAUUUACUACGGAGGAAGCGGUUGAUGUAAAUGAAAAAUGCACCACAAUUUUGUAAAAAAAAAAUUGUGGAUACUCCUGCCACAAAUACAAUUUUGUGGAUCAUGUUUUUACCCUCCCCCACAUUCUCCAAAUGAUUCCACGAUUAUGAUGUAACAUUGGUGUCAAACACCCAAGAUAUCUAAUGAAAUUUAUAUUUGGAUACUCCUGCCGUUUCCUCUCACUUUCA